AUGGGGAAAGCCAGCUACGAAGUAAGCCAACUGCAAAAGAAUAGGCGAAUGCGAAACACUUGCAAGAAGCGCAAGAGGGAACAGCAAGCGAUGGCUAAACGCGCGGUUGCUGAAGCGGCUAUAGCGCAGAAAAUAAGUGAUGGAGUAAAGGACCAAAAAGCGCUAGCUGAGAAAUAUUACACGAAAUGGAAAAAUAUUUCAAAAAAGGCUGAUGAAUUAAGGCGUAGAAUACCGGUACAAAGCCACAUAAGAAAGAUUUCAGUGGAUGGUGCAGCAAUUGGCAAUACCUUAUCAACCAAAAUGAUUGCUGCUUCAGUAAAACAAAUUAGUGCAAGCGACUUGUUACCACUGGCAGAAAAUACACUGGCUACCGCCCCUGUUGGCUCUGGAACCUAUGGAGAAAUUAUUAUCGCUGGCGAUAUGAAUGUACCAGACAUUGAUUGGAGCUAUACAUCAGUUAAGACAAAUCCACAAUACAGUGCUACAGUAAACCAGACAAUGAUCGAUCUUAUAGAUGAUCAUGGUCUUACUCAGCUUGUAACUUUUCCAACAAGACAAGAAUCAGUGCUUGACUUAGUAUUAACUACCCAUCCAGAUCUUGUACAGAACCUUGCAAGUGUCCAAGGCAUUAGUGAUCACUCAGCCGUGUCGUUUGAUUUGAAUUUGUCUGUAAAACUUAACAAGAAGAAGCCACGUACAGUUUACAAGUUUGCUAAGGCUAACUUAACUGAUAUACGCAGGGAAGCAACAACUCUCAGUGAAGAUUUCUUUGAAAGACAACCAGAUAAUAUAAGUAUCGAGAGUAACUGGGAAUUUUUCAAGUCAGGUAUUAUGGACAUUCUAAACAGAAGAGUACCAAACAAGAAGAGUGGUUCGUGGAGUAACUGCCCCUGGAUGACAAGAGAUCUCAAGACAGCCCUGAGGAAAAAGAAACGAUUAUAUAAUAACUAUAAGAAAUCAGGGAAGGCCUGUGACAAAGAAAAAUACCGUGCAUUCCAAAAACUGUUUCAAAUCAACAUGAAGAAGGCUCAGGAUGAGUUUAUAGCAGACACCCUCAACUCUGAUCUAAAAGACAAACCAAAGAAAUUUUGGUCUUAUAUUAAAUCAAAAAGACAAGAUCAAGUUGGAAUUCCACCAUUGAAGGAAAAUGGGUUAGUGAAGACGGACAGUGCAAGUAAGGCAGAAAUCCUAAGUAACCAAUUUCAACAGGUAUUUACACAAGAGGAUCUAACAUCUAUACCAAAUAAAGGACACAGUGAAAUCCCGAUGAUGAGUUCAAUAUUAUUUAAUAAGGAUGGUGUGGAAAAACUACUUAAGAACUUAGAUAGCAAGAAAGCAAGUGGACCUGAUAAAAUACCAACUACAUUACUUAAGGAAACUGCAUCAGAAAUAGCGGAUGUUGUGACAUUCCUAUUCAAUCAAUCAUAUUGUUCAGGCCAAUUACCCGAAGACUGGAGAAAUGCAGACCUGGCACGAAAUAUAGACAACGGAGAUCAAAUAGACUUGCUAAUACUUGAUUUCAGUAAGGCUUUUUACAAGGUCGCUCAUGGGCGCCUGAUCAGUAAAUUAUCACAUUAUGGUAUUCAAGGCAAAACACUUGCAUGGAUUGAGUCAUGGCUUACAAAUAGAACACAAAGAGUAGUAGUGGACGGAGUGUCAUCAAACCCAGUUGAUGUUACGUCAGGAGUGCCACAAGGCACUGUACUUGGUCCACUAAUGUUCCUCCUGUUUAUCAACGACAUGCAUGAGAACCUGGAAUGCACUUUAAGGCUAUUUGCGGAUGAUGCAUUGUUGUACCGCAAAAUCUCAGAAGAUUAUGACACCUCGGUCUUGCAGAGGGACUUGGAUAAAGUGGGCUUAUGGGCCGAAAGAUGGCAAAUGGUUUUUAACCCUACAAAAUGUUACAAAAUGUCGGUUUACAGGAAGAAGACACCGGUUCUUAAAGAUUACACAUUAUACAACCAGAAACUCUCAGGUGUAAAGCACCAUCCUUAUCUUGGUGUCCAGCUGUCUGAUGAUUUACGGUGGAAUCUUCAUGUGAACAAGAUUGUAAACAAGGCUAAUUCAGUGCUCGGUUUUAUAAAAAGGAACCUGUACUCCUGUUCUGAGGACACCAAGCGUAUAGCCUAUACUACACUUGUAAGACCUCAUCUAGAGUAUGCAGCAGCUGUGUGGGACCCUUAUAGACAGGAGCAAGUAGACAAGAUUGAAGCAGUCCAGCGUCGUGCGGUGUUUCAAGGCACAAUUAUUCUCAAUUUGAAUAAGUCUAAUGGCAGUUAA